AUGCCCCUGCCGGUGUUUCCGAAGAACCCGGAGUCUACGAUGGAGCUCGCAGAGGGCCAUGAGCCAAGGGCCGCGCGCGCGGCAGAGGAAGGCCGCCCCAGGCAGGUGCCGAACCCGAGCCUCGAGAACCCCGGCCUCGCGCGCCUGCUGCAGGAGACCUUCGACAACGCGGGCAACGCCUUCGGGCUGCGGAGGAAGGACCUGACCUCGCUGGCGCAGGGGAGGGCCCCGCUGGAACUGAUCCAGGCCUUCUUCCCCGCGGUGAUGAGGGCCACGCUGCGCGCCGUGCAGGGGGUGCCAGCCCUGGGGGCGGCGGCGCUUCAUCAAGUGCACAUGGGCAAGGAGCGCGACAUAUGCAAGGUCGCCACCACGCAGAAGGGCUCCGGCAAGGCGCGCUACUCAGCGUACUGA